CCCCCCCCCCUCACACUUGAAAGAGUAAAGUUGCAGUUUGUGUGGAAAACAAGGGGGGAGACGUCCAUAUAUAUAGGUCAGCAUUUCGCGCACGAAUGCCUGCUCAAACAACUAAACCCGGAAACGCCUUAUUCCUCCACCCACCUCGCUCAUUUGUUCAUUGCCAUUUACUCCGUUCUGCAAAAAUUAGAGAUAACCUCUCCGACUGCAAUAGUUCGACUAGGAAUAUCUGUUGUACCUGUACAGUCUCUCUACACACAAUUCCUAAUCCAUCUCUAUAGGGACUGACCAAUCUGGCCAAUGUUCAACGCUGCCAAGAGAAUACGCGCAGUCGCAGGACCGGGCGGCAGAGAAGCAAAGGUUGCUAUUGUCGAUGAAUGCCGGCGAGCACACAUGCGCGACAAGGUCAAGAGCGCCCUGGGCGAUCGGGACCAGACAAGGGCGCCAGCAUUGCGAUGCUGGUUCGCCACGGCUAACCAGUAUGCCGCCGUGCAAGUGGGAAUCCUGGCGCCUGCUGGCGACCGGCGAGCUCGAGUACUUCAUCACAACUCGGAGGCCAAGACACGCCGAUUCGGCCUUGUCAGCAGCGAUGUCAUCCAUGACCUGCCCAACCUGCCAGAGCGACCGACCUCGCUGUCGAUGAUGAAGGCAGGGAGCGCUGUUCAUCUAACUACACCAACUGGCAGCCACCGGGAAGCCCAAGGUGUGAUUACUGACCUCGAGGAGGGCCUUGGGGAUGGACGCACCGAGGACCGUCUGCUGCAAGCGUCCGCCCUGCUGCAACCACCUGCACGGCAUUAUUGUCGCGGCUGUGCACUGCGGCUGUGGUCGGGGAGCCACACCGAGAUGCUGCCCAAGUUCGACAAGGAACGCGUCUGGAACCGAUCAUCGACGGGCCGGCAGGACGUCUCAAUCAUCAAAAAUGGAAUUAUGCUGGAGGCGGCGCUAAACGGAAUGUCUGAAAUCGCAUGGCUGCUUGAGCAACGACGGCCUGAACCCCGCAGAACCGCAAGGCCGGGUCGGUGCAAGCCGCUGCCCAAGGUGCUAGUGCGCCUGAUAGAAUCCGAGGUCAAGGACGUGACGAGACGCCAGGCGCAUCAGGCACCAUCCAAAUCAAAAGGGCCCAAUGUAAAACCGCCAAGGAAUUACACGUCCGACGGCUGGUUCAUCAACCGGCGAUGUGGCACCGCGACUCGGGACGGUCCUCUACUACAUCAUGGCGCAAUGACGUUCGACAUCAUCAAAACGAGAGCUUGCUUGAAGCACCGAACAUUUGUCGAUGUCCGCGGUCGUGGCGGUGCCCAGCGGAGGACUGGGCGAGGUCGGGCGCACUGCCGUGCACCGCUCAAGCCCGAUAACGACGCUGACCAAUCGAGGAGCGUCAGGCCUCUGGUGUAUGAGCGCAUCUCGCGCUACAAGACCCCGAAGUGCUGCGGUAUCCUCGACAAGAAGGCCUCAAUGGCUAUGUUUUUGCGUGAGGAGGGCGGACUGCUCGGACACACUAGAUUGUAAUGACGGCGUGCGUCUAUUGGGGGAUCGAUCUCUUCCACAUAUUCCCACAUAUUGUUUUAGUCUACCUUUUCCUCUUCUUCUUUUCCUUUACACAGUGCAAAUAUAGGCUGUGGCCCAAGCACUCAUCUGCCCUCCUGGGCUGCGCUAAUCUAUGUCCUGGAGAUGGUGCGGAUAGUGGCAAGCUAUUGUCAAACUGCCGAAUUGCCAUGCAGCUGGUCGCGGCGAUGCUGCUGGGCUUACUAACGGUGGCAGAAAGUCGAGCUCGGUCUUAACAUGAGAAUGAAAUGCGGAAGUUAAUGUGUGGCAUAUUAUGUCCCAGAUGCCCACUGUUCGGCCUACAGAUUCGUCUUGCUAAUACAAAA